AUGUCAGACUUGGUUUGCGAAUUGAAUCUAAAUGAAAUCUUCCAGAUGAUGCUAACGGUUGAUCUCUGGGCUCAAAAGAGUACGAAGGAGAAUCCCAUCCCGGCCAAGCUGUUCAACGAGAAGGGCGAACUGCAAAGACCGGUAGCUCAGUUCCGCAACCAAAUCUCACGCGAAGCGGGCGCAAGAUUCCCUCCUGAAAAGGGGAGAUAUCAUCUCUACGUCUCGUACGCAUGUCCAUGGGCGCACAGGACCUUGAUCGUCCGCAAACUCAAGGGCCUCGAGUCCAUCAUUUCCGUCACCUCAGUCCAUUACAACAUGUCCCUCGUCGACAGCUGGCGCUUCGUGGGUCCCGAUGAAUCCUUGCCCAUGGAAGACGUGACGCCAGACCCUCUACACUCGGACGUGACACGUCUGAAGGAGCUCUACUACCGUGCCGAGCCCAACUACACGGGCCGAUUCACGGUGCCCAUGCUGUGGGACAAGAAGACGGAGUCAAUCGUGAGCAACGAAAGUAGCGAGAUUAUCCGCAUGUUGUAUACAGAGUUCGAUCAGUUUUUACCAAAGGAGAAGCAAAAAGUCGACCUCUAUCCCGAGGAGUUGAGAGCCAAGAUCGACGAGGUCAACGGGUGGACUUAUGAUAAUAUCAACAACGGCGUCUACAAAUGCGGCCUCGCCCAAACCCAGUCCGCCUACCACUCCGCCGUGACGGCGCUCUUCGCGUCACUGGACCAAGUCGAGCAGCAUCUCUCUUCCACCUCCCAAGACGGACCCUAUUACUUCGGCGCCUCCCUCACCGAAGCCGACGUCCGUCUCUACGUGACCAUCAUCCGCUUCGACCCGGUCUACGUCUCGCUCUUCAAGACCAACCGCGCCAUGAUCCGCACCCACUACCCGCACAUCCACCGCUGGGUGCGGCAUCUGUACUGGACCGUCGACGCCUUCGGGAGUACCACCAGCUUCGAACACAUCAAGGGCCACUACUUUACCAGUCUGACCUUGCUGAAUCCCAGCGGCAUUGUCCCCGAGGGGCCCCUGCCGGAUAUUGUGGGGUUGGGCGAGGACAGGUAG